AUGGAAGAUUACUUUGCUGAAUUCAGCGAUGUACUACGUUCAGCGGACUCUCUGCGCUCCCUAGAUAACACUUGGUCGGGACAAAAAGCGGAAGUUACCAGCAAAUUACCCUAUCCGAUAUACAAACCUGAAUGUAAUACAGAUGAACAGGCAGGGUCAAAGGCUGUAUACGGAAGCUUUGAGCAGAGUGACUCCAACCCAAAUUUGGAGGAAUCGGAAUGCGAAGAUGAGACGGGCAACCACGUCUUCGACCCAUUUGUGACACUGGAUGCACAGGUCGACUUGCUAAACGAGCUAUUAGGAAGCCUUGGCAUUGCGACGACACCAAACGUUGACCGUACAGGUGCAAAAUCACCUCAUUCCAAAGAGGAGGCGUUCAGUCCGGCACAUCGUAUCCAAAGCGUAGAUUCGGAAGGUAGCGUCGAUUUCUUUGGCGAAUUGGGUGAUGAUGCAACAAUGUUCCAGGAUGUUGACCCAUUUAAACCCAUCGAUGUAAAUGAUCGUGAGCGAAAUGCCGACUCAUCGGAUUUUAGCGGCAGCACCACGGACUUGACAGAAGCACCUUGUCAGAAAAUUGCAGGUGACACCAAGCAGUGGGACAAUGCAUCGUCGGUGGAUCCAGCUAAGGUUGUCAGCCGCCUGAGCGGUGGCGGUGGCGACGCCAACGAAGAUAAGGAUCCCCAGGGCCCCUUGGCACACGCGAACAACCAACAAGAUGAUCCGUUCAGCGAUUUAUGGUUGAAUGCGGGUUCCAAGAUUCACCUUAAGAAGCACGAAAGCAACGCAGAUGAUGGAAUGCAUAACAAAAUCACUCAAGAAUCGGACAGCCGCGAUAAACAGUUUAUGUCCUCCGAUUCGUUUGCGGAACUAGAACGCAUCAUCUUCCAACCCAGCACCAACCGCUCGAAAAAUAGAGCAAAGCAGGAAGACUGGGACCGCUGGUUUGACGACUUGACACCUGUGUCCCCUACCGGUAAUAGAUCCAUGCCUGAAGAACCAGGUGUGGAUGUGGAGUCGCAGGAUGGCGUUGUGGACGAAUUCGAUUCGUUAAUGGACGAAUCGUUCCCUGCUUGGUCAAGAGUCAGAGAGACGGACAAAAGUGAUGCGGUAGAUGUGACCGGAAACGAGAAUGGUGAUGCAGUUACUGGCCCAAAGGCGUCUGAACACACAGAUCAUGAAGAACUGCUCAUCAGGAGGGAAAUUGAUGAAUGGGCUCGUACAGGUAAUGGGGAGCUGAAGGACAUCCGGACGCUAUUAUUCACGCUGAAACAGGUACUCUGGCGAGGCAUCACGUGGAAUGCCAUGGAUAUCACUUCUUGUGUAUCCGACAAAGCUGCCAUAAAGAGGCACUACAGAAGGGCGUUGCUAGCGUGCCAUCCGGAUAAGCACAACAAGUCCGACUGGCGAACCGCUCUCAGGGCGCAGAUGAUUACACAGGCAUUGCAGGAGGCCUGGUGCACGCUAACCUAA